AUGUCCUUCCUCUUGGGCCCGAUUUCAGGCGCACUGGCCGCUGGUGGAAUAUACUAUGGGUUGUCCAAUCUCAUCAAUACGAGGACCGAGCAGCUCCGUGCGGACAUCUCGCAUAUCUCGCGACGUUUGGUAGAAGAACCUACCGUCGUUGCCGCGCCGCUUCCUGCCGCCGCUCGCAUCGUCCGGAAGCCGUUCGCAGACAUGUUGCAGGAGGAAUGGAAUCGCCAGGUCGAAGCGUUGUUCAAGAACACGGGUCGCUUGGACCAGUCCGUGGUGGAAUGGGGGAGAAAGCUGGUGCACGGACAGUCCAGCCCGCGGUCAUAA